AUGUCCACUAGCUCGAUGUUAUUUUCUGUUUUUGAUUUAUCCAUCAAAUGCUGCCACCUAACUCGUCCCAAGCUGGACAAAGGCAAUGCCGAAUGUAGAAGGAGUCUCAACUUGCCAACUAAUCGGAAAUUUAACUUUGCCGAGCUCUAUACGAUAAAUAUGUGCAUUGAGGAGUGCAACUACAUAAGCUGUGGGUACAUUGAAAUCGAUCCACCAUAUAGACUGGAUUUGGCCAACAUACGCCUCAACCUGAAGACCAUGGCCCCUCAGCCGCAGGAGGAAUCGAUUCCUUUCCUGGUGGAUGCUUAUAACAAGUGCGAGGUGUUCCGAUCUCUCCAUGGAGGACGAUUCACUCUCCACCUGCCGGAUAUUGAAUUCAUCGAAGAGCCCUGCAAUCCAUUUUCUCAGCAAAUCACCAUAUGUGUCCGUAUCCAUGCCAUGCAAAAGUGCCCCAGUAAGUUCUACGUGGACAGCGAGGAGUGUCGCUUGGCCAGGGAAUACUUCACCCAGUGCGUUGGGGAUAUCGAGGGCAAUCUUGCCUAGAAAUCAAACAGAAAUCAGGGAAAGUUCAAAGAAAACCCCUUGAAAACUUCAUUUGAAACCUCCUAAAAAAAGCGUUUAAAAAAAUAAAAGAAAAAGUCAUAAAAGUCAUAGAUGAAAUAUGGCAAUUUGACUGUCGAGUUCGUGUGUGUGUGUGUGUGUGUGUGGGUGAUUCUGCUC